AGGACGCUAAUAGAAGGCGUAAAACUUCACACAACCCUGGUUUCCCAGUGAAUGUUCUGAACUCAAUCAUCAAAACCCUAAAACCCUGGUCCGUCAUUCGAAACACCAACAAAAAUGAUGAGAAGGAUCUCUUCACUCCUCAACACCACUACAAAACUUUACUCAAACCCACAAACCCCGCUCCGAUUCCACCCCAUACUGUCCCUGCAAUGCCCGAAUUCGAGCCCAGACAAAUUCUUUUCAAGCGAAUUGUGAUGGGGAUUAGGCCUUAUAGUCUUUUAAGUUUGAAUGACUUGAGGGAUAAAAUACCCAGAAAGCAGAAGACCAGAAAGGUGAGAGGGAUUGGGUCAGGGAAGGGCAAGACUGCUGGGAGAGGACACAAGAAGCAGAGUGCUAGAGGGAGCGUGAAGUUAGGGUUUGUCGGAGGACAAGCUCCAAUGCGUCGUCGUUUGCCCAAAAGAGGAUUCAAAAACCCUUUUAGCCUCGUCUUUCAGCCAGUAGGGUUGGGAAAAAACGCAUAUCUAAUAAAUGCAGGGAAGAUAGAUUCUCAUGAAUUAAUCACAAUGAAAACUCUCAAGGAUGCUGGAGCCAUAGGAAAGCAGAUAAAAGAUGGAGUGCGACUGACGGGACGUGGAGCCGAAAAGAUCAAAUGGCCAAUUCAUCCGGAGGUGUCAAGGGUGACUGUUACAACAAGUUGGGUUUGCAAGCUUUGUUUAAGCCCGAGUGGUUUGAGAAGGAGGGGAGGUUGCUGCCAAGGCCUCCUCCUAAACCGAAAGAUAAAGUUGAUAGCAUUGGCCACCUGCUUGCACCGACCAAACCUAUUCCAUUCUUCACCGAAGAGGGGGCAGCUGCCUCCCCAUCAGCCUAGUUUGCAAAUGAUGAGUUUGUUGGCUCCAACUUUAGGAUUUUGUAUUUCCAGCACAGAAACUAAAACAUCAUCCGGGCAGAUUUUGAUUUCCAGGAAUUACCUUUUCUUGUUUUCUUUCAUAAAUCAUAACGAAAUUUUUUCUUUAAUUAAUAGGCGUAAAAUUCUUAAAAUCUUUUAUAAGUAAUAAAUUAUUUUA